GCUAAUGUCCGAUUGGAAUAUUAACAGAAAUCUGACGGAUCAUAACGCAACAACUGUAAUCAGUCUUGCAAGAUCGAGACUCAUUUCACAGAUCGAGAUUCAUUUGGAUUUUGGAAUCAGCAGGGAGCAGCGCUACGCUAAGUUUUUCUCCCUCUCUCUCUUUCAAAUACUAAUUUUCUUUUUUUGUUCCUUUCAAAGAUCACACACAUCACAAAAAACUUUACAUGUACAGAGAGCUCCCGGUUUGGUUCUCCUUUCGGGAAAGUAUAAAGUGGAACACGAUUCCAUUUUCCCAUUCAUAUUUCAUUGGCGGAGUUGCCAACUCGGUCCUGUCUUUUUACAAGUUAAAGCCACAUUUCCACUCAACAACGCACUUACCAGGAACUGAGCGACUGAGAGUUGCCAGGCCAGAACGAGAUCAAUAGCUCAAUAACAGAAAAGAAGAACGAGGAAGAAGAAAGGCAGAACAAGAGAUCAAAGAAACUGUUCUAGGGUUUCUUUUAAUCGAAGAGAUGGUGAGUCCCCAGCAAGAGCGACUGGGGAUCACUUUAAGUUCUAGUAAAGCUGGAUCGCCUGCUUCUAGGGUUUUAGAAGCUUCGACUCCUGUUCAGCGAAACAACGGAAGUCCUCUCGGCGACGAAACCAUAUGGAGGCGCCUUCGUGAAGCUGGUUUCGAUGAAGAGUCAAUCAAACGGAGGGACAAAGCAGCUCUCAUUGCUUAUAUUGCGAAGCUCGAAGCCGAGAUAUUUGACUACCAGCACCAUAUGGGCCUUCUUAUAUUGGAAAGAAAGGAUUGGACAUCCAAGUAUGAAACAAUUAAGGAGACUGUGGAGUCGCUCGAAAUAUUGCGUAAGCGAGAUCAAGCGGCACAUUCAUCUGCUUUAGCUGAAGCAGCGAAACGAGAAGAAAGUCUCAAAAAGGCUUUAGGAGUUGAAAAAGAGUGCAUAGCAAAUAUUGAAAAGGCCUUACAUGAAAUGCGAAUGGAAUCUGCUGAAACAAAAGUUGCAGCUGAGAGUAAGAUGGCUGAAGCACGCAGUAUGGUAGAAGCUGCCCAGAAGAAGUUUGCUGAUGCUGAAGUAAAGCUGCACGAAGCAGAAUCUUUGCAAGCAGAGGCUAGACGCUAUCACCAUGCAGCAGAAAGAAAGUUACAGGAAGUUGAAGCACGUGAAGAUGAGCUUCGAAGGCGUCUUGUGUCUUUCAAGUCUGAUUGUGAAGCUAAGGAGAAGGAAAUCAACCUUGAAAGGCAAGCUGUACACGAAGGACAGAAGAUUCUGCAGCAGGGACAAGAAAGGCUACUUGAUGGUCAGACCUUGCUAAACCAAAGGGAAGACUAUAUCUUUGGAAGGGUUCAAGAGUUGAAUCAACUUGAGAAAGAGUUGGAGGCCUCGAAAGAAAUGAUUGAGAAGCAAUCUGUUUCUCUGAAUGAGGAAAAAUCCAAUUUGGAUCUGAAAGUGGUUGCCCUUUCUACAAGAGAGGAGGCUGUUAUUCAAAGGGAAAUGCUACUUGCUAAGAAAGAGCAGGAGCUACUUGUUCUACAGGAGAAGAUUGCAAGCAAAGAACAUGAUGAGAUUCAAAGACUUAAUGCGGAACAUGAAUCAGUUCUAGAGAAGAGGAAAUCUGAAUUUGAAGCAGAGCUGGAAGUGAAGCGCAAGUUACUGGAAGAAGAGAUGGAGAACAAAAGACGGGCUUAUGAAUUGAGGGAGGUUGAUCUUAAUCACAGAGAGGAACUGCUCCAGGAAAAGGAGCAAGACCUUGAGGCUCUGUCAAGAGCACUGUUGGAAAAGGAGAGAGAAACAAAAGAGAAGUUGAAGUUACUCGAGGAGAAGGAGAAAAGUCUCAUUGCUUCUGAAAAAGAGGCAGAUUUGGAGAAGAUUCAUUUACAGAAAGAGAGAGAAGAGAUCAACAACAUGAAGCUAGACAUUAAUAAAUCUAUGGAUGCACUGGAAAACAAGAGGAAACGAGUUCAUGAAGAAGAGGAGAAACUGGCGGCUAUGAAAACUGAAAGAGAAGAGUUAUUGGUUCUGGAGAUGAAACUUACAGAAGAAAUUGUUAGUAUUAGGACUGAAAAGCUGCAACUUGUAGCUGAAUCUGAUCAAUUGAAAGCAGAGAAAGCAAAGUUUGAAACUGAGUGGGAGCUGAUUGAUGAGAAAAGAGAAGAGCUUCAAAGAGAAGCAGAACGUGUUGCUGAGGAGAGAAAAACAGUCUUGAAGUUCCUUAAAGAUGAACGUGAUAGCCUAAAAUUAGAGAAGGAUGUGCUGCGGGAUCAAUUAAAGCAUGAUGCUGAAUCUCUUUCUCAUGAGAGAGAGGCCUUCAUUAGUAAGAUGGAGCAUGAACAUUCUGAAUGGUUUAGCAAGAUUCAGCAAGAACGGGCAGAUUUUAUGCUUGACAUUGAGAUGCAGAAGAAGGAGUUGGAUAGAUGCAUUGAUAAGAGGCGGGAAGAAAUAGAAAGUUAUUUGAGGGAGAAGGAGGAAGCCUUUGAGCAAGAGAAAACCAAAGAACUUCAGCGUAUCAGUUUUCUACAAGAGAAAAUUGCAAAAGAAAUGGAAAAUGUUGCGUUGGAAAUGAAAAGAUUAGAUGCUGAGAGAAUAGAAAUCAACAUGGAUCGUGAUCGUAGGGAAAAUGAGUGGGCUGAGCUAAGGAACUCUAUUGAAGAACUGCAGAUCCAAAGGGAGAAACUGAAGAGACAGAGAGAAUUAUUGCGUGCAGAUAGAGAGGAAAUUGAUGCUCAGAUAGAGCAUCUCAAAAAAUUGGAGGAUUUGAAAAUUGUCUCAGAAAAUAUUGUCCUAUCUGAGAUGCAAGGAGAUCUGAAGCCUGGCAGAGCAAAAGGUGCUGCCAAAAAAUUACCAAAUCUUGAAAAAGCUUUAAAAGACUCUAAUCUAGAUUCACAUCCAUAUGAAGGGACUGCCCAUGAUGGGUUGCAUUUGGAUUCUAAGCAGGGGCCAGGUGGUGCUUCACCUCCUAGCUCUACCCCUUUCUCAUGGAUCAAACGAUGUGCUGAGUUGAUAUUUAAACAUUCUCCUGAAAAACUGAUUAAGUAUGGAGAAAGGCUUGAAUUUGAAAGUGCAAAUGUUAAUUUAUCAGAGAGCAAGGAUUCUCAAAACUCCAGAAAAUGUGAGUCAGUAUUGUUGGAAAAUGUUGGUAAUACAUCCGGCACAUUUGAGAGGCAGAGGUGCAAUGAAAAUGAUGGGGCAGUGAAAGCUUUCACUGAGACACAGCCUGAAAAAUCUGUUUUUGAAGAGCCCAAAAUAAUACUUGAAGUACCUGCAACUGAAAAUUUAGAAGAUCGACAUAGUUUGGAUUUGGAACCUGAACCUAAAUCAGAUGCAACUGAAAAGUCUGUUUAUUCAUCUUCUGARAAAGGACUUCUGGCUGGAAGGAAAAGACUUAAAAACACUUCUAACAAUAACCAUGCUGAUGUGCAGUCAGAGCAAAGUCUGAGUAACAAGAAAAAGAGGCAACGCAAAAAUGUGUCUGAAACACCAAAAGAAGGAUCUGUCAACAACUGUAUGGUUUCGACUCAACAGUACUCACCUGGGGAUGGACCUGACUUUGAGAUUGCUGGAGAUGCUGAAGAGACCAGUAGCUUUGUGGAUAAAAAUUGUAAAAUCCCAGAAGGUAUUAUUGAGAACAAAGUCAGUCAUAACUACAUAGAACAUGCCAAACUGACUUGUUCGCUGAACAAGUCCGUGAACCUGGAUGAUGUCCAAGGUAGGGGAACAGGAUAUGCAAAUUCUCCACAGGUAGGAAAUGCUGUGUCAUCUCGUCGGUCAAAAGUUCAGAAAUAGCCAUGGGAAGAAGUGGUCUUUGAAGACAGUCAAGAAUUAGCAAGGCAGUGAGAUAGGAAUAUUGGCAGCUGAUAAACUAAAGUAUAUCCUCUAUUAUCUCGUGGGAGAACUAUCUUAGGCAGUUUCGUCGAGUAUUUUGGUGAUUUUCAGGAAUCUGUAAAUGAUUGUCCAUUUUGUAUUAUUAUUACCUGUAUGAAUCAUUGUAGGGUGGUGUUGAUAUUUAGAGAGGGUUUAUAAAUUCUCCAUGAAUCCCAUCUCUGUUUGCAUGUCGUGCCGUUGUAUUUGAAAAUUGGAAGUUUCUUGUGAAGAUGUUUGUCUUUGUUUUGACGAUGAUGUCUUUAUAAAUGUCAAUGGGGUGACGAUAUUGGAUUGUUCUUA